AUGAGGAUCGUGAAGAGAGGCACUCCACUGCCCGCUCUCGUCGUCAAGCUGCAGAAAAUCCCUCGCAAACGCAGUCCACCAGCACGCCUCCUAGGCAGCGCCGACGAGAGGACCGACCCUCGCGAACCAACGAGGAGGUCAAUCAGCGUCGCCCGAAUCACAAAAGUCGCCAACGUGAUCGACCAGCAAUGUGCGCGGAAGACAUUGAGAAGCUUGUGA